AUGGCGCCAGCCAGCGCCAGCUUCCUCUCGGCCCUACGAAAGGCCAGGGACGUCAAAGUCAAAGAACUUAAUGCCCUCGUCUCUGUCGUUGAAAAACUCUAUGCAGCGAUCGAGAACGUUAGGGUUAGGGUUAGGGUUAGGGUUAGGGUUAGGGUUAGGGUUAGGGUUAGGGUUAGGGUUAGGGUUAGGGUUAGGGUUAGGGUUAGGGUUAGGGUUAGGGUUAGGGUUAGGGUUAGGGUUAGGGUUAGG